UAGAUGUUGUUAUUGAAUGAGGCAAUUUACGUUUCAAACUUACUCGUACGAGUUGUUUAAUAACGAACGUAACCUUUGACCCUGAAGUUUACGUUCGUCAGGGAGCUCACGCCACUCAUUUAGCAAUAUCAGGCGAGAAACAUGAUUUUGUAGAACAGUGUUUUUGUGGCAGAAACAUAUCAUGAGUAAAGAGAAGAAAAAUGGAGAGGUGAGCUUUUUGUUGGGGGAUAAUGAGGGGGAGGAGGAUACGACAGAUUCCCCCGAGGUGCCUCACGAUGACCAUCAUGAGGAGAGGAAGGACAGUGUGCCCUCACUGAUACACAGCUCCUCAAAAGAGGACACAACAGAACCAAAGCUCAAGGAUCUGCCCACCAACUUUUCCCAUGGAAAACAGAUUGGGCAUAGGUUUACAUACCAAGACAAAAGGUUUAUAGAUUUCCAUCUGAUACCUGCUAAACACUCUAUGUCAGGGGCCAGUAACCUUGACAGCAGGGGGCGGCGACUGAGUUACCACCCCAAGGACUUUUCUGUGGCCACCCCAGAGGAAUUCGUCAAGAGGUUUGGAGGAAAUAAAGUCAUAAACAAAGUGCUGAUAGCUAACAAUGGAAUCGCUGCUGUUAAGUGUAUGCGGUCAGUCAGGAGAUGGGCCUAUGAAAUGUUCAGGAAUGAGCGAGCCAUUAGAUUUGUUGUCAUGGUCACACCAGAGGAUCUCAAAGCUAAUGCAGAAUACAUUCGAUUAGCAGACCAGUAUGUCCCAGUACAGGGCGGUACAAACAACAAUAAUUACGCCAAUGUAGAACUUAUCCUGGAUAUAGCCAAGAGGACUCAAGUACAGGCUGUUUGGGCUGGCUGGGGCCACGCUUCAGAGAAUCCCAAGUUACCAGAACUCCUCCAUAAGAACGGAAUCAUAUUUAUUGGUCCACCAGAGGGAGCUAUGUGGGCCCUGGGGGACAAGAUUGCUUCCUCUAUUGUUGCCCAGACAGCAAAAGUCCCCACCAUGCCAUGGAGUGGAUCAGGCUUGACCCUGAACUACUCUAAGAGUGACAAUAAGCCAGUGAACGUGCCCCAGGACCUCUACCGGAAGGGAUGUGUCGCGGAUGUUGACGAGGGUCUGAAAUCGGCCAAUAAGAUCGGGUUUCCUGUGAUGAUCAAAGCAUCAGAGGGAGGGGGAGGGAAGGGCAUCAGGAAGGCGGAGAAUGCCGACGAUUUCCCCAAUCUCUUCAGACAGGUGCAGGCUGAGGUUCCGGGAUCCCCCAUCUUCAUCAUGAAGCUGGCGACCCACGCCCGUCACCUGGAGGUGCAGAUCCUGGCCGAUAACUACGGUAACGCCAUCUCCCUGUUUGGGAGGGACUGUUCCAUCCAGAGGAGACAUCAGAAGAUCAUCGAGGAGGCGCCCGCCUCUAUAGCCAAACCCGAGGUGUUCGAAAAGAUGGAACAGGCUGCAGUGACCCUGGCUAAGAUGGUGCGGUACGUCAGUGCCGGUACGGUGGAGUACCUAUAUAACGAGGAGACGGAGACGUUCCACUUCCUGGAGCUUAAUCCACGUCUACAGGUGGAACAUCCGUGUACGGAGAUGGUGGCAGACAUCAACCUACCGGCCGCACAGUUACAGAUUGCUAUGGGUCUUCCCCUGUACCGGUUGAAGGACAUCAGACAGCUGUAUGAGGUGGAUACCUGGGGGGACAGUCCUAUUGAUUUCUCUAACCCCUCCAUACACCCCCGACCCCGGGGCCAUGUCAUAGCAGCCAGGAUCACCAGCGAAAACCCUGACGAAGGAUUUAAGCCUAGUUCUGGGACUGUCCAGGAGUUGAAUUUCCGCAGCAGUAAGAAUGUGUGGGGGUACUUCAGUGUGUCUGCCACGGGUGGACUACAUGAGUAUGCUGACUCUCAGUUUGGACACUGCUUCUCCUGGGGAGAGAACCGGGAGGAUGCCAGAGAGAAUCUAGUGGUGGCACUGAAGGAGCUCUCAAUCCGUGGAGACUUCCGAACCACGGUAGAAUACCUCAUCAAACUCUUUGAAACAGAGGAGUACCAGAACAACAAGAUAACGACCGGCUGGCUGGACAAGCUGAUAUCUGAGAAUGUCCAGGCGGAGAAGCCGGACGUCAUGCUGGGUGUGAUAUCCGGAGCGCUCCACAUCGGGGACCACCAGAUCCAGGAGUGCUUCCAAAUGUUCCAGACCUCGCUGGAGCGGGGACAGAUCCUGCCGGCCACGUCACUCAAAAACCACGUGGAUGUAGAGUUCAUCAGCGAGGGGAUCAAGUAUAAUGUCAAGGUGGUGAAGACGGGCCCAAACAACUACUUUAUUUGUAUGAAUGACUCCAUGCUGGAGGUGGAGGCACACAGACUUAGUGAUGGGGGCUUGUUGAUCUCAUUUGAUGGAGCCAGCUUCACUACUUACAUGAAGGACCAAGUGAGCAGCUACAGGAUUACUAUAGGAAACAAAACCUGUGUCCUACAUAAGGAGAAUGACCCCACCAAACUCAGGUCUCCCUCUGCUGGUAAGCUGUUGAACUACAUGAUAGAUGACGGUGGUCAUGUGUUUGCUGGGGAUGUGUAUGCUGAAAUAGAAGUCAUGAAGAUGGUCAUGGAACUCAGGGUCACAGAAAAUGGAUGUGUUCAUUAUGUUAAGAGGCCGGGAGCCGUGUUGGAGGGGGGCAGCAUCGUGGCCCACCUUGACCUGGAUGACCCCAGUCGUGUCCAGCAGGCCCAGAGCUUCAAAGGGACACUCCCCCAGCCCCAGGCCCCGCCCACCCACGGGGAGAAGCUUCACCAGAUCUUCCAGAGUACGCGUUCGGAGCUAGAGAACAUUCUGGCCGGGUACACGCUGCCUGAUCCUUACUUCAAACCUAAACUACAGACGUCCAUAGAGAGACUGAUGAAGUGCCUGAGAGAUCCGUCACUGCCUCUACUGGAACUGCAGGAUCUGGUUGCCAUGAUUUCUGGGAGAAUCCCCCCACAGGUGGAGAAAGCCAUCAAAAAACAGCUUCAGUCAUACUCCAGUAACAUCACCUCUGUACUCAGUCAGUUCCCCAGUCAACAGAUUGCAAAUGUGAUAGACAGCCAUGCUGCCACACUUACAAGAAGAACAGAGAGAGAAAACUUCUUCAUGACAACACAGGGCAUAGUUCAACUAGUUCAGAGUGGAUCUAAGGGGUACCGAAAUGGAAUCAGAGGUCACAUGAAGAGUGUUGUACAAGACUUACUGAAACAGUACGUCAGGGUAGAGGUCCAAUUUCAACAUGGUCACUAUGACAAAUGUAUAGCUCAGCUGAUAUCUAAGACCAAGGACAUGUCCGCAGUGGCUGGCAGCAUCUUCUCUCAUCUGGCCGUACAGAAGAAAAACAUCCUCAUCACCAUGCUCAUCGACCACCUGUGCAAGAAAGAAGCAGGUCUGACUGAUGAGCUGGCCUCCAUACUGACUGAGCUCACCACACUGAACAAUGCAGAGAAUGCUAAAGUAGCACUCAGGGCCAGACAGGUGUUGAUAGCAGCUCACACUCCCCCUUAUGAACUCCGACAUAACCAGAUGGAAUCAAUCUUUCUGUCGGCCAUUGAUAUGUAUGGACCGGAAUUCAAUCCUGAAAAUCUACAGAAAAUCAUCCAUUCAGAGACAGCCAUUUACGACAUUCUACAGGAAUUCUUCUGGCAUACAAACAACCUGGUCAGAUCUGCUGCCUUAGAGGUGUACAUUAGGAGAGCAUACAUUGCGUAUGAGGUGAACUGUCUCCAGCAUAGAGAACUUAAUGGGGACAUGUCAAUGGUGGAAUUCAGGUUCCUUCUGCCCCGGUCACACCCCAACAGGUUGAUGGUGAUGCGUUAUGACAGCCUUGACAAGAUGUCCGGUUUGUCUGACCCUGAGGCCCACAUUGAUCAGCUGGAGGAACCACCCACCUGUCAGAGAAUGGGCAUCAUGGCCUCAUUUAACUCCAUGACUGAAUUUGAAAUCCACUUUGAGCAGGUGUUGGAGUGCUUUACAGUGGAGUCAGACAGCCCACCCAGCAGUCCCACUAUACUGGCCAAGAGUCCCGCUGGCAACGAGGACUCCAUCUCUCUACAUAGUUCCUCAGAUCCAGAUGAACCUAUCCAUAUCAUCAACGUGGGAAUUAAAUUCAGCAAAAAGGAGAAGUACGACGACAAUGCCCUUGCCGUCAAAUUCCAGGAUUUUUGUAAAGAGAGGGAGAAGUAUUUGUGUGAGAAGGCCAUCAGAAGAAUCACAUUCCUCGUCUACUGUAGGAGAAGUUCCCCAAAAUAUUUCACAUAUCGUGCCAAAUUUGAUUUUGGUGAGGACAGGAUUUACCGACAUUUAGAGCCCGCCCUGGCCUUCCAGCUGGAGAUAAACAGACUGAGGAACUUUGACCUGGAAGCCAUACAGACCAACAACUACAAGAUGCAUCUAUACCUGGGAAAAGCUAAGGUGGCAGCCGGACAGGAAGUGACGGAUUACAGAUUCUUUGUGAGGGUCAUCAUCAGGCACUCCGACCUCGUCACCAAGGAGGCCUCCUUUGAGUACUUACAAAAUGAAGCAGAGAGAACCCUCCUGGAGGCUUUGGAUUCAUUAGAAGUGGCAUUCUCCCAUCCACUGUCCAAGAAGACUGACUGUAAUCACAUAUUCCUGAACUUUGCACCAACUCUGACCAUUCCAGAACCAGGCAAGUUGGAGGAGACGGUCAGAGCCAUGGUGAUGAGAUAUGGCAGUCGUCUCAUGAAGAUGAGAGUUCUCAACGCUGAGCUCAAAUUCACUAUAAAGUUUGCAUCCAGUGAUACAAGCAUUCCUAUUCGUCUUUACCUGACCAAUGAGAGUGGAUAUUACUUGGACAUGAGCAUGUAUAGGGAGGUCACAGAUCCAAACAUGGGACAAGUGAUGUUUGAGGCCUAUGGAACAAAACAAGGAGCCCUUCACGGUCUGCUGAUCAGCACGCCUUACCCCACAAAGGACCACCUACAGCUGAAGAGAUUCCAGGCUCAGUCAAGCGGAACAACUUAUGUCUAUGAUUUUCCAGGAAUGUUCACUCAGGCCUUACAGAAGUUUUGGAAGGAUCACAGAGAGGAGAACAAGAUUCCAGCUGAUGCCUUCAGUUGUAUAGAGCUGGUCCUGGAUAAAGACAACAACCUGUGUAAACAGAACAGACUGCCAGGGGAAAACGAGAUUGGAAUGGUGGCCUGGCAGAUGACCUUGAAGACACCAGAAUGUCCUGAAGGUCGUGACAUCAUUGUUAUAUCUAAUGACAUCACUUACAAGAUAGGCUCCUUUGGACCUGUGGAGGAUCUCCUGUUUAAGAAAGCCUCAGAGAAAGCCAGGAGAGAGGGACUUCCUCGAAUCUUCAUCUCGGCUAACAGUGGAGCCAGGAUAGGUCUGGCUGAGGAGAUCAAACAUCUGUUUAAGGUGGCCUGGAAUGACCCCAAAGAUAUAGAAAAGGGAUUUAAAUACCUUUACCUGACCCCUGUAGAUUUCAAGAAAGUCAGUGCCAUGAAUUCCGUCCAUGCUGAACUUAUAGAAGAUGAGGGAGAACCGAGAUAUAAAAUUAUUGACGUCAUAGGGAGAGAGGAAGGACUGGGAGUAGAGAAUCUAAGAGGGUCAGGAAUGAUCGCUGGGGAGUCAUCUAUAGCUUACAAUGAUAUCAUUACAAUCAAUUUGGUUACCUGUCGAGCUAUAGGUAUAGGUGCUUACCUGGUCCGACUGGGACAGAGAACUAUACAGGUGGAGAACUCCCACAUCAUCCUCACUGGUGCAGGUGCACUAAACAAGGUUCUUGGUAAGGAGGUGUACACCAGUAACAAUCAGCUGGGAGGAAUCCAGAUCAUGUACACAAACGGAGUCACUCACGACGUAACAGCUGAUGACUUCGAGGGCGUCUACAAAAUCAUCAAGUGGCUGUCAUACAUGCCUAAGUGUAAAGGUUCCCCAUUACCAGUACUAGAUACUGGGGACCCUAUAGACAGACCGGUGGACUUUAUACCCACAAAGGCCCCCUACGAUCCCAGGUGGAUGCUGAAUGGCAGACAAAAUCCAGAUGACAAGAAUUCCUGGCAGAAAGGUUUCUUUGAUCACAAGUCUUUCCAUGAAAUCCUACAGCCUUGGGCACAAACAGUUGUCACAGGUCGAGCAAGGUUGGGCGGGAUCCCUGUGGGGGUGAUUUGUGUAGAGACCAGGACAGUAGAAAUGACCAUACCAGCCGACCCAGCCAAUCUGGACUCUGAGACCAAGGUGAUACAACAAGCUGGUCAGGUAUGGUUCCCAGACUCGGCCUAUAAGACAGCUCAGGCCAUUAAGGACUUCAACAGAGAGGACCUCCCUCUCAUGGUGUUCGCUAACUGGAGAGGAUUCUCAGGCGGAAUGAAAGACAUGCAUGACCAGGUACUGAAGUUUGGCUCCUACAUUGUGGAUGCUCUCACAGAAUAUAAUCAACCCAUUAUGAUUUACAUACCCCCGUACGCUGAGCUGAGGGGUGGAGCCUGGGUAGUGGUGGACCCAACAAUCAACCCCACCCACAUGGAAAUGUAUGCGGAUGAACUCAGCAGGGGAGGUGUCCUUGAACCAGAGGGAACCGUAGAAAUCAAGUUCAGGAGGAAGGACCUGGAGAAGACCAUACAGAGACUGGACCAGACGUGUCGCCAGAUCGUGGACAAACUGACCAGUCCACAGCUGAAUCUGGACGAGAAGGAGGAGCUCCAGAAACAGCUGGCAGCUCGCCAGGAAAAGUUACUCCCCAUGUACCACCAGGUGGCGAUACAGUUCGCUGACCUCCAUGACACUCCCGGGAGAAUGGAGGAAAUGGGGGUUAUUACUGACAUACUUAAAUGGCAGAAGAGCCGUGAGUUCUUCUACUGGCACCUGAAGCGACGGUUGCUAGAGAGGCAGCUUAAGAAGAAGAUGAAGCAGUUCACACAGAACGUCGGGGAGGGGGAGCUCAACUCUAUGUUACAUCGUUGGUUUGUGGAGGACAGGGGCACUGUCAAUGCUUACCUAUGGGAGGAUGACAAAGCUAUGGUGGAGUGGUUAACUGAACAGAUCCGUGAGGACAGUAUAGACAAUGCUGUAUCAGACAACAUCAGAUGUCUACAGAGGGAGCAUGUCCUACAACAAGUCAGGAGUUUGAUACAAAACAAUCCAGAGGUUGCCAUGGAUUCUAUCGUCCACAUCACACAACACAUGACCUCAAGUCAAAGGUCAGAGGUCUCCAGAAUUCUGGCCAACAUGGACACGUGACCAGAAUGGACAAUUAGAAUCAACAGUGACUGUAUUUAAAAACAUAUCUAUUUAACAAAUCAUAUGAAAUCAUUAGGUGCAAUUUGGAUCAAAUUUGCAUAAAAUUGCAUUAUAUGAAAUCCAUAUCUGUCAUUCAUAAUGACUUAAUUAUUAGAAUAAAAUUAUUGUUUAUGAAUUCGUUUUGUAAUUCAAUUCAGUAUUAUAUGUGAACCAUUACCAGGGUUUGUAAGUGAUUAUUUUUGUACUAAUUUAUUAUUACUCUACCUAUGAUGAAUAUCAUAUAUAG